AUGAUCGGCAAGCUGGUCGACGAUGAGGUCAUCCCGACCGCCAUCGUGAUCAAGAAUAUUCCUUUCGCGGUGCAGAAAGAGACCCUCUUGGCCAUUAUCGAGAGUCUCCAAGCUCCUUUGCCUUAUGCCUUCAACUACCAUCACGAUAAUGGUGUCUUCCGAGGACUCGCUUUUGCCAACUUCCGUCACCCACACGAGGCUGAUGCCGUCGUCGUUGCUCUGAAUGGCUAUGACAUUUCCGGUCGCAAGCUUCGUGUCGAGUACAAGAAGGUGUUGCAGGCCGGCGAAAAGGAGCGGAUCGAGCGCGAAAAGGCGAUCAAGCGGAUGAGAAGCAUGCAGUUCGAUCGAGGCCAACUUCCCUCGGGAGGCAACCCACCUGGCAGCGCACCCGGAGGCAACAAUUCGAACCGAAACGCCUCGGGAGCCUAUGGUGGCCAGAACAGGCAGAACAGCUGCCCGUCCUUGAACGCGAACGGCGGCUUCUCCCAAAACCAGCCGCCUAUGCCGGGCAACCCAUCGAACGCUAGCUCUCAAACCGGAUACAACGAUGUCGACUUUAACGACCCCGUCGUCCUCGACAUCUUUUCCCGAGCCUUGAUGUUCAAGGAGGACCGCAUGCGUGACGAGUUUUCGUUUUCGCGCAACCUCUCGGUCAAGGACAGACGGGCGGUCCACGCUGUCGGCGAAAAGCUUGGCUUGCACCACUACAGCACCGGCGACGGUCAAGACCGAUACGUCGUCCUGUCCAAGGUCGAUCCUAGCCGGAACAACCCUUCCCGAAGCGGUCGCGUGCAAUCCAUGGCGGCGCAGUCUGGGUCUUACUUGUCGACCUAUUCGCCCCCGGUCGAGUCGACCGAGUCGAGGCCUGAAUCGCCUGGUCUGCGGAUCAAAAAGUCGAUGCCCAAUAUGUCGCUCCUGAACGGACCUACGGUCUCGCGUGAUCCUCACCGAUUGUUGAACAAGCGUUCGAGUGGAAACUUGCGGGACUAUGCCAAUGUCGGUGGAAACCAGCAGAGUCGACGACCAUUCGCCAGUCACACGGGUGCGACGGGUAGCAGCUCGUUCAACAACCUGUUCGGGAACGCUCUCGGCAACGGAACGUUCGAGCAGCCCGCCUCGUCGCCUACGUCGCCGACGGAUCCCACGCUGGCCACCCAAGGCGCGAGCCUCCCGGGUCUCCCUGGCGGGUUCGUUCGUCAACCCCUUGGACCUACCAGCGAGAACAAGGGUUUCGUUUCGCGUACCCAGCUGAGGUCCCAGAGCUCGACCCCUUCGAACAGCUCGAACAACGUCAAUGCCGGUAACGGUUCCAAUCAAAACUCGGCCACUGCGACGUCCGGUGGGAACUCCAAGUCGAACGGUGUCAUUGGAGGUCAACGCGUUGCCGGCAAGGGCGGGGAUUCUCAGUCGAUCCACACGAGCGGGAGCUCUACGAUCGAGGAGGAGGAAGUCGAGGUCAAGGCCAACCGGAGCGAUUGA